GAUAUAAGUAUAUUUAUUAAACAUUUCAAAAUUCAAAUCGAGAAUAUACUAAUUAAUUAUUUAAAACAUUUUUUAUUGUAAAUUUAUAUUGUACCAGUUUUUCUCAAAGUGCAGCCCAUUCACAACUCGGAUUACUCCUCGAAAUCUGAUGAUUAAAACAAAAAAGUCUCAGACAAUUGGUAAGUGCUCACGUCACCAAAAAUUGCAGUUUAUCAGGCAAAGGGGCGUGUCCGUCCACUAACGCAAAAGGCUAACACGCCUUUUUCUAAAUAUUUAAAGUUUUUUUUUUAAAUUUAAAGUAUGGAUUAAGCUUUUAACGACCUUUUUGUAACACAUAUUUUUAUAUAUUUAUUUUCAUAACCGAAAUAACCCAUAAAAGAGGAAUUAUCUUAUAAUUAUGAUAUAUUUUAUGAAGGUUGAGAAAAUUAAUAAAUGUUCUGAAUAGAGAAUAAAAAUCAUUUUAAUCAUAAAUAAAAUAUUAUUUAAAUUUUGACCAAAUAUGCCAAAUGGAAACUUCCUCGGGUAAGUACAAUACAAAUUACCUGAACCAGUUUCAUUUCAGGCCGUUAAUCAUCUUCGAUCACCAUUUAAGAAUCAAUAAAGAAGAUAAUUUAUUGUGCGAAAACACGAUUCAUGAAAAGACAAUGACUUCGAAUGACAUCACAGCGACUCUGCCUUAUUUAAGCAAUCCCUUACGCAAAAAUCGUUUGUUUUUUUUUUAAGAUUAAGCCUAAAUAUAAUUCAAGUAUUUGGGUUUUUAAGCAACUGAGAUAACCGGUUUCUGGUAUAAAAUGAAUCCUCUAUUUAAAGGAUAUUUUAAAAAUAUCAAAUCGAUCAAUCAAUGUACCGUAUUUCAACCGAUUUAAAUAACUUUGAUGUAACUAUGAUUCAUAAAAAGUGACUCAAAAUGCAUUUUAAAAUAAGCACCUGCCAGUAAUAAACUUAAUGUUUUUUAUCGGAAUAUUUACAUCGAAAUGACUCCAGAUACUGCCGCAAAUAAACGAGUCUAAUACCUUUUUUUGAUGCAGGUCAGUUUUGUUUUAAAAUUAGUCAAACUAAUUAGUAAAGUAGAUUAUUUCAAGGCAAUUUUUAAUGGUCGGUAAUCUUUUAAAAAAGCUGAAUAUCCUCAUUAGUUAAAAUGCGAGGUCUAAGCUAUCAGCUUCUGUGGUUUCUUGUUCUUCAAAUAUACCUGCAAAUAGGUCAUGGCAAGAUUUAUAAGCGUUCGGUGUCCAGAAAAACUCCUAAAGAACGACGAACUUGGGGUGGCAUGGACACGAAUACAGGGCCAAAUUUUGGAGGAUGGCUUCUGAGGAUCCUCGACAGCAAAGGAGAGUUUGCCUGCGGAGGAGCCUACUAUGCCCCACUCCUGGCGAUCACCUCUGCAAAUUGUAUCUACCCGCAUCGGAACAAUUUACAUGGUGCCGCCGUGGAGGGGACAGCCUUUUCCAAAUGCGACCCGGAGCUUUAUUCGGAAAUCGACACAGUCCACAUUCCGGAAAAGUUUAUAUAUCACAAACGAUUCAUGGACGUGGCUCUGGUGCGUCUGAAGACUCCUAUUAAAGGCCUACUCACCGAGUUUAUCAAAUUAUGCUCUGUGGAUCUCGUUCCUGGAAUGUCUAUGACGGUUUUCGGAUGGGGCUUCGACAGCAUGGAAGUGCAGAAGCCUACCACGCAUCCCCGCAGUGCCGAAGUUACCAUGGAGGCAAUUCCCACUUGCCGCAGGAAGUAUGGGAUGUCACUUCUUCUGGCCAGCACUUCCGUGUGCGUCAAGCAACCCAAAAAUUCAAAUGACUGCCUCUAUGACGGUGGAUGUCCACUGAUCUACGGAAACGAGCUCUGUGGUAUUGUGUCUUUGGGAUCCCAAUGCCAAAACACCUCCUAUCCGGGAAUCUUUACCAACAUCAAACGAGUGGUAACCUUCAUCACAGAGACCGAAGAAGCUAUUCGAUCGGGAACCAUACUGCGAACUGGAAGAAAGACAACAAAACAUCCUAAAAAGCCCAUGCCGAGAACACAACCAAAACCUUCUCUUCUUCAAAUAACGAAAAAGGAAACCUCAACGACGGAAAACAUGUUGGACACAAUGGUGUGCGAGUUUUCGCGGCCCAUGAGAACGGUAACACAGUCAAUGACAAGCACUACAGAAGGCUACAGUGAAGAAAGAACUAACUCCGAUUUGUAAAGAAAAUUCCUGAAUAGAAUAAUUCUUUUAUUUUUACGUGUAUCAAUCGCAUUAAAUUUAAAUAUUUCACGCCAAUAUUUUCCACCUGAUUUAUGUACAUAAAUACGAAACCUAUAUGGGUAGUACCUGA